CAUUGUUUUCUCACGCUUUGUUUGUCAACGUCUCUUCUUUGUUUCCCAAGGAAGAGAAAGCAUCAAACAGCUAGAAAUGACCUCGGGGAGAUGGUUCGCGCUGACGGCCUUGGGAUGGCUCGCUGAGAGCUUCGUGGGCGCCUUGGUCGGGAAGGCCGUCGAUCGCGCUGUUCAACAGUUCGGUGAGCAGCAUGGAGUUGAAGAUGACCUCGAGAAGCUUAAGGAUUCUCUCGAUCACGCUAGGUUGACCAUCAGCACCGUCGAGUGCUUACGGAUCAACGAUGAGGUCCUGCAGCAGAGAUUGAAGGAGCUCCUGAUACGCCUCAAGAAUGCUGCUUAUGAUGCUGAUGACUUAUUGGAUGAAUUCCAAUACAGAAUUCUGGAGCAGCAGAUCGAGCAGCAAGGAGAUGAGGCUGGUAACCGACCAUCAUCUUCCUCCUACUCUACUCCCCCUCCAACCAAAAGGACAAAAAUUUCAUUUUCUAGUUAUACCAGUGGUCUUUUCAGAAAAGGAGAUGAUGAUGAUGUGCAGAAGAUCAGGAAAAUAAAGGGGAGGCUAGAUGACAACUCAGUUGCUCUUGAGAAAAUUUACAGUUCGCUAAGCGCAGAAGAUGAUAGAGGAAAGAAACAAUUGGUGUCCUCAGCGAGCCGGCAAACGAGCUCCCUUUCGACCGAACCUCAUUUGUUUGGCAGAGACAAAGAGCUACAAGAACUCAAAGAUUUGUUGUUGAAACCAGAAGUUGUAUCUGAAUUUGGCCAAAGUGGAGUGUCUGUUUUGUCUAUUUAUGGUAUGGGAGGGAUUGGGAAGACCACUCUGGCUCAGGAAGUCUUCAAUGACAGUAGCGUGGAAGAAUACUUUAAGCUCAGAAUUUGGGUCUGUGUUUCUGAAAAUUUCUACACAGAUAGGCUGACCAGAGAGAUUAUAGAGUAUGCAACCAAGAAGAAGUGUGAUCUCACGAGUUUCGCUGCUCUUCAAGUGGAUCUCAAGGAGAAGAUCACGCCAGAGAGAUUUCUUCUUGUAUUGGACGAUGUGUGGAACGAGGACAGGCACAAAUGGGAGAGCCUCUGUGCACCAUUGAGGUAUGGAAAGCCUGGCAGCAAGAUAUUGGUAACAACUCGCUCUAGGAAGAUUGCUGACAUGAUUGGUGAUGUGGAUCCCAUUCAUCUAGAAGGUCUCGAUGAGGAAAGCUUCUGGGAAUUUUUCAAGAAAUGUGCAUUUGGUUGUUCAAAUAGUGGAUUUCUUCAUCCUCAUAUGGAAGCCAUGGCGAAGAAGAUGACUUGCAAGCUCAAGGGAUUGCCGCUUGCAGCAAAGACUCUAGGAGGGUUGUUGAGCAUGAAAUUGGAUGAGCAAUACUGGGAAAGCAUUUUAGAUAGUGAAAUAUGGCAGCUUCCCCAAGAAGAAAAUGGGAUUAUGCCAGUGCUACAACUGAGCUAUCAACAUCUCCCUCCUCAUCUUAAGCAAUGCUUUGCAUUUUGCUCCUUGUUUCCUAAAGAUUACAAGUUUUCUGAAUUUGAGUUGAUCGGUAUUUGGAUAGCAGAAGGAUUUAUAGUGCCUCAAGGAAGUACCAGAAUGGAGGAGCUAGGAAGCAACUACUUUCAUGAGUUAGUUAACAGGUCAUUCAUUCAAAAGUCAAAGGAUGGAGUCUUUAUAAUGCAUGACCUCAUACAUGAUCUUGCAGAACUCAUAUCUAUGGGAGAGUUUCACAGGAUUGAAAAAGACAAGUCCCAUGACAUUUCUAACAACAUUCGUCAUCUUUCAAUGCACGAAGAGGAAGAAGGUAUGCAGACAAGAGUUUUAACAGAAUUUUCUCAUUAUGAUAAAUUACGGACAAUGAUGUUGUCAGUAAGAUUAAGUAGCAAGAGUUUUAAUUUUGAUUGUGGUAUUUUGGAAAAAUUAAAAAAUAUUCAUGUACUUGCCCUGAAUAAUUGUUCUUUGGAAGAACUACCUGAUAGUAUUGGCAAGUUGAUACAUCUCCGCUAUCUUGACUUAUCCGGAAAUUAUGACAUUCGACGGUUGCCUGAGUCAUUAUGCGACUUGUACAAUCUGCAGACAUUGAAAUUAAACUAUUGUUAUAACUUAGAAAGUCUCCCGCAUGGCAUGAUGAAGUUGAUCAACUUGAGGAAACUUGAUGUAGAAAAUAAGUUUAUUUCCGAGAUAACAGAGGUCGGGAAGCUUACUUCUCUUCAGAAUUUGGCUGCUUUCAAAGUGACAAAGGAUAAUGGACACAAACUUCCUGAAUUAAACGGUUUGAAACAGCUCCGGGGAAAACUACGUAUAACUAAUCUUGAGAAUGUGGAGAACAAAGAUGAAGCAAAUAUUGCUAGUUUGAAGAGUAAAGAACACCUCAAUGAGUUGGAACUAGAAUGGACAUCUAUGCAAGAAUCCGAUUCAGAUGUUAAUUUGCACAUCUCUGAGCAGGUGCUUGAAGGUCUCCAGCCACAUCACAACAUACAAAGUCUGACAAUCAGAGGAUACAAUGGUGCUAGACCUCCCAAUUGGCUACACGGACAAGUAUAUUCUAGAUUGGAAGCUUUCCAUCUUGAAAAUUGUAAAAGGUGGAACGAUUUAUCGGUUAUUGGACAACUAUCACAGUUAAAGUCCCUCUCCCUUGUGAAAAUUCCAGUCCACACCCAAAAUUUACACAAUUUGUUCGAUCCAAUAGUCUGCAAGUUCUUCUCCCAACUAGAAAGUUUGGUACUAGAGGGCAUUACCAUGUUGGAGGAUCUCCCAAAUCUUGGACAACUUCCAUGUCUGACGGUUAUUAGCAUUAAGAGUUUGCCGGGAGUGAAAAUGCUAGGCAAUAAAUUCUUUGCCAGGACAAAAGAAGGCAGUUGCUUUCCUAGACUACGUACUCUCCGUUUCACAGAAAUGCCGGCAUGGGAAGAGUUCUACGGCUCCGAUGAUAGAAAUCUAUUUCCCUGUUUGGAGGAUCUUGAUAUUUCAAAUUGCCAAAAGCUGCAGAUGUUACCUCCCCUUCCUCCUUCAAUUCAACAUGUAAAAUUAAAUAACGUUGGGCUGGUAGAUUGUCCAAGAUUCUGGAAAGCAAUUGAUGAAUGUAGCAGGAUAACUAAUUCUGCAUCUCUUACGUAUUUGUCCAUUCAGAAUUGUCCAAAUUUGACAAGUCUAGAACAAGGGUUACUACCACACCAUCUGCAGCGGAUUCGUAUAGAAAACUGUGAACAAUUGUCGUGGGUGCCGGUCAAAAGGUUGAAAGAACUCAACUCUUUAUGGUCGUUGUCAAUAAAAGAGUGCCCGAAGCUCAUGGGCAUGAGCACACCAGAUGAGUACAUUGAUUUCCAGCUCCCGCCAUCAAUUAAAGAACUAUGUUUGUCUGAUUGUGGAAAUCUAUCCCAAUCACUGCUUGGCUUCCUGCAUAACCUGACCUCGUUAGCUGUCUUGUUGAUAAGCAAAUGUCCCAAUCUAGUUUCUUUGCCAGUAGAACCAUCGCUUAGAUUGAUUCGUAUAGAAAUCCAGAACUGCAAUGAGUUGAGAUCAGUAGAAGGGCUACCAAUAAAAAAUCUGGAGGUCUUGAAGAUUAAAGGAUGUCCUAAGCUUCUACUUCCACAAACAGAGAAAUUGCCAGUGUGGGAGUUAGAGAUUGAUGACACAGCGUUUAUGAAUCAACCUCUCAUAAAAAAUUCAUUAUCAUCUGUCAGUGAACUUACAAUCUCAUCCUCUCGUGAAGCGGUGAUGUUUGAGGGGGAAGAUCAGGAGUCACUGCAAAGCUUGACAUCUCUCCAUUCCUUUUGUUUCUCUGAUUGCAAGAAUCUACAAUCCCUGCCAACAAAGUUAUACACCCUUAAGUCCCUUCAGGUUUUGAGGAUACAUAAUUGCCCACAAAUUCAGUCUCUGCCAGAGAAGGGGUUACCUCCUUCCCUCACAGAUCUAGAAUUUGAAGGCUGUGAUCGGGCACUGGAGCAGCAGUUGGUAAGACACUUGGCAGAGAUUAAGAAGUCAUGGCUUAUUCCAUCAUCACUAAGACACUUGGUGGUGGAGGGAACCUGCUGAGCCUGAAUGGAUGUAAAAAAAAAUAACCCGAGCCAUCCGCCUAUAAAUACUGGAGCACUCUAUGAAGUACAUGCGCCAUCUUUCAACAUAGUAAUGCAUAUUACCAGAUACAGGAAAGAAAAAGAUUUAGCAAAGGAAGACGACAAGGUGGCGCGGAUGGUGUGUGA